CUCACUUCCCACAGUAGAAAACAAACAGAUCAGUGCCCAUGGCCAUGGCCUCAGAUCAGAUCUCACCCUCUCUCUCAACCACCCAACCCUAACAAACCAACCCUCACAGCCUCACCUCUCAGAUCCCACCAUGCAAAAAUUCAAGCUCUUAGCCACACAAUGCGCCGUCGUCACCGGAAAAAGCCCCACCCACAGCCCCACCGCCAGCCCCGUCAUCCACCUCCGCCGCCGUAAAACCCUCCGCAUGUUCCUCUCCCGCCGAAUCCCUCGCCCUUCGGACUCUCCUAACUCCGACGACGACGACGGUCUCGGAGAUGCAAAUGACCGCCCGCCGGAGAAGAGCAAGGAGGCUCGGGUGCGCCGCAAGCUCAAGGACCUGUUCGUGUCGUCGCCGCCGCUGGAGAGAGGCCGGGAGGUGGGAGACGGAGACCAGCUGGGAUUGCUGUCGGCGACCGACGGCGGCGGUGUCGGUGGGUUGGCGAGGACUCGGCGCGGCGGGGUGUUCAGCCGGCCGCUGACGGCGUCGCUUCGUUGUAGAUUGCUGAGGAGAGCUUGGCGACCUGUGCUGGUUAGUAUUCCAGAGUCGGAGCGGUGAGUGAUCGAGAGUAGUAAUCAAGGUGUUUCCAGUUUUGUUACCUGGUUCUGAUUUCAUAAAAUUUCACCAAACAUGGUAAAAAUCUUCUCUGAUACGCCUGUAAUUAGUUACUAUAGUUAAUUUUAUUGUGAAAACAAUAUUAACUGCAAGAUUUAUACCUGCAUUUCAUUUUCCAUUGCAAUAUAUUCAUAAUGGCCCAAGCAUUACAAGGUUCAGUAAUGCAUUUUCAAUAUUCCUGAUGCCGAAUUCUUAUCAGUUUGACACUUUUGCCAAUAUUAUCAUAGUGCAUUGUGGUGUACUAGAACGAAAAGGCUAAGGCAGGGUUGCGAAUGGCAAGUGCCACGUUCGGCACUAAUGAAGGCGAGUUUUGAU